CCGCCCCGCUCGCAGGCUGCCGCGGGGCUUACCGGGAAGGGAGCUGCAUCCCGGUCACCUUCAAGGGGGUUAGAAGCGGACUUUUGGCUUAGGUAACCGGGUGCCUCGGUGCCGAGAUGUGGUUCGAGAUUCUCCCUGGACUUGCCGUCAUGGGCACGUGCUUGGUCAUCCCUGGAGUGGCCACUGCGUACAUCCACAGGUUCACUAACGGUGGCAAGGAAAAAAGGGUUGCCCAUUUUGUGUAUCAUUGGAAUUUGAUGGAAAGAGAUAGGCACAUCUCUGGAGUUAAUCGUUACUAUGUGUCAAAGGGUUUGGAGAACAUUGAUUAAAGCAGCAUUUUCCUGAUUGAUGAAAAAAUAACUCAGUAAUGAUCAUCUACUCCUGCCAGAAGGUUAUACAGUGUAUUAUAUAGCAUGCAGUAUGUUAUAUAGUACUUAAUAAAAAUAAAAUGAAAAA